UCCGCUUGCGGAUUAAGUUACGAAGGCACGCGUGUGCGUUAUUAUCUCGCUCGCGACGGAUAUACCGCGGGAACGAUCGCAUUUUCGUCCUCCUGUCCCCCGGGUCUGACGCGGAAACGCGAGUUUCACCCGCGGGCCGCCACCGCCGAUGCCGUCGUCGCUGUGCGCCCGUCGGUGAUUCGCCGUGAGACAUCGGAGACAAGGAGUACAGUUCGCUUCCUCACGGAACUGCCGACGGAAGAUGCCGCCUGCCGAUCAUCUCGGAACGUGAGUGACAAGCUGGAUAUUGGUAGCGUGCCGAUCGGCGAGGAGUUUCCGGGUACCCUACAAAUUUUUCAAUCACGGAGGACACUAACAACAACAUGUCUUACCUCGCUCUGGACUCCAACGCUUGGCAGGUAAGUGUUACAUCUGUCAUGCCGACUUUAUAUGUUGGGUUUUACGUUGGAACGAAGGGAGAAUCGGGCGUUUAGUCAAAUUGCGGUUCUGUCUGAGACUCGGAGGAGCACAGCUAGAAAUAAAUAACCGCAAAAUAUUUUCUUUUUACGCAAACUGGCAAAUUGGCAAAGAGUUAACGGCGAUUUUUGCCACUUUGGAGUGUUAUUUUAUCAAUAUGACAUUUAAUUGCAACGUAGACUCAUAUUUUUCAUUUAACAAGGUUAUUUAAAUCUCUCUGAACAAUAUACUUUUCGAGAAAGUAAUGUUUUUUUUUUUUUACGAGUUACAUUCUCCCUGCAUCAUGAUGUGCCGGACAUUCGAUUCGCGAAGCAUAACCGAGAAGCGCUAUCUUAAAAUGUGAUUCUAAAUUUCGGAGGGAAAACCUCUUCAACAAUAACAUUUUUAUGACAGGGAAAUAAACGUUCUAUGUAUUUCGUACUAAAUGGAAAAUGGAAGACGUGUAAAAAAUUGAUAUUUUAAAGCAGAUAUUACGUAUGGGCUUUAUAAACCGAUUCCGAACGACGACAUUAUAAAUACGCGGGUAUCAUCUCGCGUAAUUGAUUUAUAGCUUUGGGCGAGCGCGAGGAAGCUUUGCAUACAUUAUUUUAGGAUAUCUUCCUCAGAGUCAUUCUAAUGUCACCGUAAGAACAGCGGAAUGUACAUCUCUCGGUGUAAUUUUCGCGACAGCGGCGCGGAUGGAAAUAUUGAAUUUGAAGCUCUCGCGUUACCUUAGCCGAGGUAUCAAGACACGUCGCCGCAGUAAACACAUUAUCCUCGUGAAUAUAUCCUGGAUAUCCAAGCUCCCUGCUGCUGUAUGUGACAUGAAUAUUUAUACGCGGCGCAGAGAGCUACCGUCGCGCAUGAACGUUUCAUUCUCCUGCACGCGGAAAAGCUGCGCGCUUUCUCUCUCUCUCUCUCUCUCUCUCUCUCUGAUCAUUAUUUUAUUAUUCGAAUAUGUAAUUCUAACGAGGCGUCUGCGGACGAAAACUGUUUAACUGAAAAAUUCGUCCGAUUGGCGAGCAUCGAUAAACGGUUCGCUUUGUAUCCGCAUCACCAGACUCGACGGAACAAAAAUUGAAACGUCAUAUUUUCGCAAUUAAAAAACUUAUGAAAUUAUUGCACGCGUUCGUAAUGAUUAUACGUAAAUGAUUAUACGUGUAUUAAUUAAACGGCAGGCAUGUGCCGCACGUCUAUACGCAUACGAGAAAGACAAAGGUGUUCAAAGUACUGUCUGUUUCACAAAAUUGUUCUCGCGUGCGCAUAAAGAGAGAAAUUCCUCCCUUCGUUGGAUUACUAUAUUAUCGAAAAAGCAUAUUAAAAUUCCACCUUAGCAGUUUGAUUUGACUUCCUGCAUACCUCAAAGUUGCUUUAACUACUUCCGCUUAUACGACGCCGCCAGCGAGGCGAGUUAAACGGGCCCUAUUUACCGCGAGGCGGUUUCUGAUAAUCGUAGAUCACCGAGGACAGAUCAAUCUUCUUCCGCGAUCGCGCGGCGAUCGGCGCGCCGCGCCGGGUCCACCCCAUUCAUAAACCAGCCAACCAGACGUCAGAUACGGAUCGCGGGAGACCUCCGGCAUCCCUCUCCUCGCGCGGCUAAUUCUCCCCCAUGGUAGACGCGAUCAUUACCGACGCAAAUUAGCGACCGGCCACGUUCCACCGGCGCGUUUCGCAUGCGAUGCGUGGAACGAGCUCGCGCGAUUACGCGGGGUUGAGUAAUGCGCGCACGCGAUCACGAGGUGCUGUACCCAUCAGGUAAAGGACGAGGAUAGUGGAGAGGGGGGGGGGCUCUUUUUUACAAUUCCAUUCUCGCGAAGGUCCUUGGAAUCUGUCGUGAGCCACGUUGUCUAGGAAAAGGGGCACUCAGAGCAGUAAUGCAGAUUUCAGACUUUUUCUACAUAGCCAUGCCCGUGGAGAGGAUGAAGAAUUAAGGGCAAGAACCAAUUAUACACUGAGCACACACUGCAUGAGUCUUUAAUACGAUUGGUCCUUAUCCUUGGUUUUUCAUCCCCUCCACAGGCACGGCUAUGACGCAAAUCUGAAAACUAUGAUCCAGAGCUCUUGUGUACGCACACGCGGUUUUUAUGUGUACUUACGAACACGGAGACGGCCAUUGAGAUCUAGAAUAUGCCGAAGGAGAAUUAUCGUUUCACUCGGAAAAACUGUUUAGAGUAGAUUUUUCUGUCGUUCGCGUGUAAUUGCGAUCGCGGUGCGUAUGUGGCAUGCAUCGUGUUGAUUUAUUUCUCGUUGUUCAACAAUUCGCGCAACAGUUUAUUACGCAAUGUUUGACGUUUGAAAACAGAUACCGCUUUUAUAUGCAAUAUGUUUCACUGUUCCUCUUGAAUAUUUCUUUUUUUCUCUUUCUUCUACCCGUCAUAAGUUUUCUAAAAGAAGUUUUUAGAAAAGUCCAAUCGCAUUAUGUCAAGAUAUGGCAUCGAGAUUAUUAGUGCAAUGUAUAUGCUCCUUCAAAUGUAAAUCACCAUUUCGGUUGUAUUACGUUUUGCCGCAUAUGCCGCGAUUGGCGGAGCAUGGCCGUUCGGACGGACGCGGAAAAAAAAACUCACGCGAACAAAUGGCGAGGGGAAAAAAAAAUCUUCGAUCGGGUGGGAAAAAAAAAGCCGACGCGUAGGUAUCGUCGCUUUGGACACGGUAUGGCGCGGCAUCGGUUCUCCCCUUCGCGGCGGUCACGGAAAUCACAUAGUAACAGCAGGAAAUGUAAGUCCUCGAGCAUGGCGGAUAGCGGAAACGCGUUUAGGUAGUAGCCCCGUAUUGAAUUAUGUUGUUAGCCGAGUUUCUCGCUAGCUGCGCCUAUGUUGUCUGUGAAAGGCAAUCCCGGCAGUGGCCGACUGGUACUUGUUCUCCUUACCUCCUAACGCUUUAAUUUGUUCCACUGAUAACAAGUACCUCUCUCGGAGUGCUCUCUCGGUCUUUAAUUAUUUAUUCAAAUUCUGAGAUUGCGGUUUAACGUUUAACGUGCCGCCACGGAACGUUCCAUUUCGAUCGAAAACGAUGAAAAAUAUAAGCCGCGCACGAAGAUCAUUCACGUUUUUUUUUUUUUUUUUUAAAUACUUUUCGUACUCUGUAACACGCAAAUAAACUUUGUUUUACAUGACUAUGUUUUACAUUUCUAUUGUUCUCCUGUCUGAAAGUUGUGCAGCUAUUUUAAAAUUAACUGCCGUGCCUUUUUGAUAGGUGGAAUGUUACGUUAAAAAAAAAAAA